ACUGAAAGCGGCAAGGCGGUUGGUCCACAGUAAAAUCAAUUCAAUUCUGUCAAUUGCAACAGACGCACAAACCUCAAUCUAAAACAAAAUUAAAUUGAUUCGAAAAAAAACAAAGAAAAUAACAUAUUCAUUAAAUUUAGUUUAGUUCGGUACAAACACGUAACGGGACAACGAAACACUUCAGCAGUCGCGUUUAAAGCGAAAUAAAAUUCUUAUUUUUUUAACGGUUUUUUAGAAAAAAUUUUCAAAAAUUAUUGAAUUACAAGAAUUCACCCACAAAGAUCCAGCCGAAGAUCAUCCACUACGGCGGUAUCCAUCGACAUCAAAACUCCAUGUAAACACCAUGGCAGCAGCAGCAGCUACUGGAAAAAUGUUCAAAUCACGCAUUGAAAUUGAUCCUCGCUAUGGCCGCAGCCUUGUCACCACCGAUGCUGUGACUAAGGGUGAAGUUGUCGUGGAUGAGCUACCCUUUGCAAUGGGACCCAAAUCAGGUGGCAUCGUUUGCUUGGGUUGCUAUAUGCCCUUAGCAUUUGGCGAGGACGGCGAUUCGUUGGAUCGUUGUGACACCUGUGAUUGGCCGCUGUGCAGUGCAUGUCUCGAUACACCGGUCCAUGAGGGCGAAUGCAAGAUUUUUGCCGAGGCAAAUGUUCGAUUUGCUGGUAAUGUUGGAGAAGAUGGUAUCUGUGCCCAAUUGGAUUGCAUAACACCUUUGAGAGUCCUCUUGGCCAAGGAAGCCAAUCCCGAAAGAUGGGAAAAGGAGGUUGCACCCAUGGAAUAUCAUGACAAAGAGAGACGUGCUAAUGCAGAUAUAUGGCAUGCUGAUUUGGUGAAUAUAGCCCAAUAUCUACGUGGUCCUUGCAAAUUGGCUGAACGUUUUUCGGAGGAGCUGAUUAUGCAAGUUGUUGGAAUUCUAGAAGUAAAUGCCUUUGAGGGACGAACAUUGCAGGGUCAUUCAUUCCGAGCCCUGUAUCCGAUAACUGGAAUUCUCUCACACAAUUGUGUGCCAAAUACAAUGCGCAGUAUUUAUCCUAGCGAGGAUUAUAGAAUACGUUUACGUGCCAUGGUUGACUUGGAGCCUGGACAACAAUUGCAACAUUCUUAUAGUUAUACCCUUAAUGGCACGGCACAACGGCAGGAACAUUUGAAGGCUGGCAAAUACUUUACCUGUGAUUGCAAGCGCUGUAAGGAUCCCACUGAAUUGGGUACGAAUUUUAGUACCUUUAAAUGCAGUAAAUGUGAAGAUGGUUGGCUACUGUGUCGGGAUCCGUUAGAUACUAACACCGAAUGGAAAUGUACCCUGUGUGAAUUUAAAACCUCAAAUGCUGCGGUGCAAAAAGCCCUCUCUGUAAUCCAAGCCGAAGUAGCCGAUGUUCAGGCCAUGCCCAUGUCCGGCGAACGUCUGCAAGAAACUGAAACACUUUUGAAAAAAUAUCGUGUCGUUCUACAUCCUCUGCAUAAUAUACAAAUAUCACUGAAACAGAACCUCAUAGAGAUGUAUGGUCGUGUACAGGGUUAUGAAAUGGUUGAAUUGCCUGAUGUCCUGCUCGAACGCAAAGAAGAAAUUUGUCGUCAAGUUCUGAGAGUAUUAAAUGUAUUUGAACCGGGCUUAAGUAGAACUAAGGCUACAAUAUUGUAUGAGUUACAUGUACCAAUUGUGUUGUUGGCCAAGAGCGGAUUCAUAGCUGGUGUUUUGGGCGGAGAUAAGUUAAAGGAGAAACUCGAAGAGGCCAUUGCUGUGCUGAAGGAAUGUGUCGAUACGCUACAGCAUGAGGAUCAGCAAUCACAUGAAGGUGUUUUAGGGCUGGUGGCUAAGCAAGCUAUGGAACAGUUAAUGCAAAGUGUUGAAGGUUUAGAAGGUGUUUAGGAUCCUCAAAACAAAUCCUUAAUAUCUUAAUCUACUAUUAGUCAUAAAAUUUUGUUAUAUUAGAGUUUAUUUAAAUUUUUAAUUCAAAAAAAUAAAUA